GAAGGGCUGUCCCGCCCGCGGUCCCGCAAGGACAGGAGUGGCUCGAGUCGCCGGCUCGGCUCAACCCCUCCUCCCGCGAAACUUCCCGAAGGGGAAGGCCUUCAGAAGAAACGAAAGCGAAAUUGGGCCACUUCCCGCCGGCGCGCGCCCAGGCUGCGCUGCGCUGCGCUGCUGACCCGGGGGCACCUGGCGGCCGCGCGGGGGGGCGGCGCGGGGAGGGGGCGGCCCGCCAGCCCCGCCCAGGACAUGCAUCGGGGGCGCCAUGGACCCCAGGCAGGGGUGUUCGCUCAGCAGAUACCACCCCCAUCCAUUUCAAGGCUAUGAGCACAGCAGGCUCAGACACCAACAGCCAGGGCCAGGAUCUUAUCCGAAUCGUUUCCAGCUCCAGCAGAUACAGUUUCUCAAGGGGCUGCUCCCUGAAGCACCCCUAACUGGGAAGCAGACGCCAUCACUGCCACCAUUCGUCUCUGGACUUGGGCCGAGGUUUCCAGGACCACCUGCCAGGAGCAGGGAACUGGGGACUUGGGGUGGCCCCAGAGGCGUGCCUCCCAGAAGUCAGGUGCUCCAGAGAGGGUCCCCACGUCCUGCCCCACGCGGCAGGACUCUGCCGUGGAGAGGGGUCGACAGGCUCUCCUCCCAUUUCCAGGAACUAGCUAUCAGCAGCCAGGGCCAGGAAGAGAGGGUCUUAGAGCUCUUCCUGCAGGAGCUCGGGGAAGGGAAGGCUGCCACGGCACAUGAUCUGGUCGGGAGGCUCAGAGUCCCGAAGAAGGAAGUCAAUCGAGUUUUAUAUUCUCUGGAGAGGAAGGGCCAGCUGCAUCGGGAGGCGGGAACGCCCCCUCUGUGGAGAGUCGCCGUGCAGGCCGGGAACCAGCACGGCCAAGUAGCCAGCGUCCCCAGCCGUGGCCAGGAAGCGCCUGCCUCACGGCCCAGUCUGGAAAUUGAAGACAGACGCUCCGAGUCUGGCUUGGAAGCUCCUACCGGGCCUUUUGACAUGGCUGAGAUCAAGGAGAAAGUCUGCGACUACCUGUUCAGCGUGUGUGGCGCCUCUGCCCUGACUGUGGCUAAGAAUAUCGGCCUCACCAGGGCCCGCGACGUGAACGCCGUGCUGAUGGAGCUGGAGAGGCAGGGUGACGUGUACUGGCAGGGCACCGCUCCCCCCAUGUGGUAUCUGACCGACAAGAAGCGGGAGCGGGUCCAAAAGAAGAGACACGCAGACCUGGGCCCCGAGGCCGCGCCGGCUGCCGUCCCUGAGACCGGAGGAGACGCGGUGCUCCCCUCCCGUCACCCGGCCACGCCGGUCGCCUCGGACAGCGUGGCGGCUGCAGAAGUGCGGAAUGGGCAGGAACCAGUCCUCAAGCUGGAGAGCCAGCAGGGGCCCGCGCCAGAGCCGGUAAAACUGAAGCCACCUGCCCACGACAACGGCCCCUCGAGAACAGGGUAUGUUGACUUUGAAAACGGCCAGUGGGCCACCGACGACAUCCCAGAUGACUUGAAUAGCAUCCACGCGGCACCAGGUGAGUUUCGCGCCAUCAUGGAGAUGCCCUCCUUCUACAGUCACGGCUGGCCGCGGUGCUCGCCCUACAAGAAGCUGACCGAGUGUCAGCUCAAGAACCCCAUCAGCGGGCUGCUCGAGUAUGCCCAGUUCGCCAGUCAGACCUGUGAGUUCAACCUGCUGGAGCAGAGCGGACCGCCCCAUGAGCCCCGAUUCAGAUUCCAAGUCGUCAUUGGUGGCCGAGAGUUCCCCCCAGCUGAGGCCGGCAGCAAGAAGGUGGCCAAGCAGGACGCGGCGCUCAAAGCCAUGACCAUCCUGCUGGAGGAAGCGAAAGCCAAGGACAGCGGAAGACCGGAAGAACCGUACGAUCCCACAGAGAAGGGGUCGGAGAAGAUGGCAGAGUCCCAGCCCAGCACCCCUUCCGCAGCAUCCUUGUUUUCUGGGAAGAACCCCGUCACGACCUUGCUUGAGUGCGUGCACAAGCUGGGGAGCUCCUGUGAAUUCCGCCUCCUGUCCAGAGAAGGCCCUGCCCAUGACCCCAAGUUCCAAUACUGCGUUGCCAUGGGAGCCCACACUUUCCCCACUGCAAGCGCCCCCAGCAAGAAGGUGGCAAAGCAGAUGGCUGCAGAGGAGGCCAUGAAGGCUCUGCACGGAGAGGCCACCAGCUCGGUGCCUUCUGAUGCCCAGCCUGGGGGCACGAACACCGAAUCCUUCGAUAACCUGGAGUCUGGGAUGCCCAACAAGGUCAGGAGGAUUGGCGAGCUCGUCAGAUACCUGAACACCAACCCUGUGGGCGGCCUGCUGGAGUAUGCCCGCUCCCAUGGCUUCGCGGCCGAGUUCAAGUUGGUCGACCAGUCCGGCCCUCCGCACGAGCCCAAGUUCGUUUACCAGGCAAAAGUCGGGGGUCGCUGGUUCCCAGCCGUCUGCGCACACAGCAAGAAGCAAGGCAAGCAGGAAGCGGCAGAUGCGGCCCUCCGCGUCUUGAUUGGGGAGAACGAGAAGGCAGAGCGCAUGGGUUUCACAGAGGUAACCCCAGUGACAGGGGCCGGUCUCAGAAGAACUAUGCUCCUCCUCUCAAGGUCCCCAGAAGCACAGCCAAAGACACUCCCCCUCACCGGCAGCACCUUCCACGACCAGAUCGCCAUGCUGAGCCACCGUUGCUUCAACGCGCUCACCAACAGCUUCCAGCCCUCCCUGCUCGGCCGCAAGAUCCUGGCCGCCGUCGUCAUGAAGAAGGCCUCCGACGACCUGGGGGUGGUGGUCAGCCUGGGGACAGGGAACCGCUGUGUGAAGGGGGACUCCCUCAGCCUGAAGGGGGAGACGGUCAACGACUGCCACGCAGAGAUCAUCUCACGGAGAGGCUUCAUCAGGUUCCUCUACAGCGAGCUCAUGAAAUACAACCCCCAGACCGCGAAGGAGAGCAUAUUUGAGCCUGCGAAGGGAGGAGAGAAGCUCCAAAUCAAGAAGACCGUGUCGUUCCAUCUGUACAUCAGCACGGCCCCGUGUGGGGAUGGCGCCCUCUUUGACAAGUCCUGCAGUGACCGUGCCGUGGAGAGCUCAGAUUCCCGCCACUACCCCGUCUUUGAGAACCCCAAACAAGGCAAGCUGCGCACCAAGGUGGAGAAUGUUCCGUCCCUGGAGGCCCCCCGCCAUCUGCCGCCAUCCGUCCCCCCGGCUUCGAGCCCCGUUGCCAUUCGGAGUUCUUGUGUCCGUAUGCCUUUGCUUGCUCACUGGCGGUCUGUCCCUUGCUGCCCCCUCACGCCCACGGACGUUCCAGGAGCACAGGGAUCUUCCGGUUUGCUUGCCGUUGUUCCAGCACCGAGUAGAGGGCCCACACAUAGGGAAGGCACAAUCCCAGUGGAGUCCAGUGACAUUGUGCCCACGUGGGACGGCAUUCGGCUCGGGGAGAGACUCCGCACCAUGUCCUGCAGCGACAAGAUCCUGCGCUGGAACGUGCUCGGCUUGCAGGGCGCACUGUUGACACACUUCCUGCAGCCUGUGUACCUCAAGUCUGUGACGCUGGGUUACCUCUUCAGCCAAGGGCAUCUGACUCGUGCCAUCUGCUGCCGUGUGACAAGAGAUGGGAGUGCCUUCGAGGAUGGACUGCGGCCCCCCUUCAUCGUCAACCACCCCAAGGUGGGCCGAGUCAGCGUGUACGACUCCAAGAGGCAGUCGGGGAAGACAAAGGAGACAAGCGUCAACUGGUGCCUGGCGGACGGCUAUGACCUGGAGAUCCUGGACGGGACCAGGGGCGCUGUGGAUGGGCCGCGGAACGAAUUGUCCCGGGUCUCCAAAAAGAACAUUUUUCUCCUGUUUAAGAAGCUCUGCUCCUUCCGGUACCGCAGGGAUCUGCUUCGACUCUCGUACGGUGAGGCCAAGAAAGCUGCCCGAGAGUACGAGAUAGCCAAGAACUACUUCAAGAAAAGCCUGAGGGACAUGGGUUAUGGGAACUGGAUCAGCAAGCCUCAGGAGGAGAAGAACUUCUACCUCUGCCCCGUGUGAGGGGCCAGGGCCUGGGGGGCGACACGGGGCCGCGGCUUUCCUCGUCACGUCAGUCUGCGGGUGUUCCUUUCCUUUCCCUUUUCUUUAUUUGGUGGAAGCGCGUUGGUGACACUGAGAGCAGUGGGUUCCUGUGUGCCCUGCGUCUGCCAGGGGCCAGGCCCGCCCGCCCACCCCUGCCCUCUGCACCGGGAGGGGGCCACGUCGGCCCCUCCUGCCCACCAUGCAGGCCCCUCCCACUCAGCCCCACUUUGGUUUCCACGUGCUCUCCUCGUGUUUGCCACACCAGCCUCUCGCCGUCUGGGUCGGGCCGAUCCGCGCUGAGUCCUGUCAGGGCUGGAGGUUUCGUUGGCAGAGUCUGCAGGCCCCUCUGUCUCCCUCUGCCCGUUGGCGAUUCCCUCCUUAUGAUCGUUAAGUUUCUCCUUUUCCUCCAAGAGGGUAAGAGGUGAACUUCGAGAAUUCGGUGAAACAGGUAUGAAGACAGGAGUUUACAAGUGCGGUCAGUUCAUCACUGAACCGUGGGCAUCCGCAGGUGGCGCUCGGUGACCUUCGGGUCUUGCACUUUAGCCAGCAAGGGGGGGAGGGCGGGCAGCUGGGCGGCGGAGAGGGCUGGCCUAGGGCUCACGCCCACAGGAGUGAAACCCCGGGGGGGGUGACACCGACCGCCCCCACGUGCAGACCAGCCUCGCAGUACUGCACACCCGCUGUCCUCUGGAAGCAUUCCUGGGGAUUUGUCCUGCCCGCGGGGCGCAGAGGGCCACAGACCCCAAGGCCCGGGUGGGAGAGGUCCUGCACCACAAGUCCUCUCUGUUCAGAUAAUCAGGACUGAGAGGAAGGGCAGAACAAUCAUGUUGGGUCAGAUCACGGCACCGCGCGGUAUCUUUCUCAUGACCAUGACACCAGGGAAAGCUGACCAAGUCAUGGUACCUUAGGAGUUUUUAAAAAUGUCAUAAUGUUGAUUCUUAACUGCUACAGAGCACCUGUACUUACAAAGAUUUUAAAAUCAGACCUAAUUUUUCAUUUAUCCAAGUGCUUUUGUCUGCCGGGGAGUUUCAGAAGGGCAGGCCUCAGGCCUGUCAGGGAGUCUUGGCAGGCCGGAUGCCCGACAACAGUUGGAAUCGAGUGAGGUGGGUCCCCUGUCUACACCUCAGGCUAGCCUCUCUGGAGCCCGGCUCUGCGCCUGCACCAGCCAGACCUGAGCCCGCCCCAGGUGACGCCUCUGUCUCUGCCCGCCGGCGCUCCAGGCCAGGCCCUCAGAUGCUUGUCCCCUUUCCCUCGUGCCCCCCGCCGUACUGCCGAGGCAGCCCUGUCUGGACCCCUCUUCUGCAGUAGAUACACUCACACUCACACUUUGGUUCUGGUGGCUACUGUUCCUCUGUGCUUUUGACCAAAAAUUGACCAAAAUUUAAAAAAAAAAACAAGUUUUUUUAAGUAUACUCAAGACGUCUUUGUGGAAUAGCCGGUUGUCCCACGGAGCCGGUCGGGACACAGUGCCUGUCUUCUGGGGUGAAGGGGCCCGGCCCCAUCGAGCGCACCUGCCAGAGGCGUGUGGGGCCAGCCUCCCGGGAGGCAGCCAGAAGGUCUCACCUGCUGACCCCAUGGAGCGUUCAGACCCUCUGCUCCAUCUUGGGCGUUAGAAUCUCCAGCAGAGCCGCGACCGGGAGCCCAGGGGCCCUCAAAGCAGCAGAUCCACGCUCGCCCCAAGGUCAGAUGAGACGCACCGGCUCCUGCUAUAGGAAGGGGCCCGGCUGUGCCCCCCAGGAAUGGAGGGUCAGAGCUCCCUCCCACAGUGCUCUACUUUCUUGUCCAAUCUUUGUUUUUAGUAACCAGGACGCCCUUCUUCCUUUUUUUAAAUGAUCUUUGUAGUUGAUUUGUCUGAACUGUGGCUAUUGUGCAUCCUCUGAAUAAUCACUUAUGAAAAUUGUCGCUGCUCGAAGCUAUUUCCUUUACUCACGUUGAGCGACUGUUGGUUUGGGUCCUGGUGCGACCCCGAGAGCGGAUGGGGAGAACCCAAACACAGACCUGGCGCCACCGCGGCUGCACUCCAGCCUACGAUUCCGCUUUGAUGUGUCCCUCGAUAACCGUGACUAACAAUAUACAUUCCUCAUAAAUAAAGAGAAUCUGAAUUGUU